AGUGCUUUGAAUGCUUUUGAAGUAAAUAAAGAAUUAAAAGAAAAACAUGGGAUCAAAGAGUGAUGGGAUGCAGCAAGUAAAAGUGGAGAGAGUAUUCAUUGGAGCAGGUUGUAACAGAAUAGUUAACAACGUUUCAUGGGGUGCCUGUGAUUUAGUUGCUUUCGGUUCUCAAAACGCUGUUGCCAUCUUAUGCCCCAAGAUUGCCCAGAUUUUAACUACACUUCCUGGUCACAAGGCAUCAGUCAACUGCACUUACUGGCUUCCCAAUGCAAAGUUUGCUUAUAAAGCUGUGGAGAUGGAAAGACACUAUCUGCUAUCUGGAGAUGCUGAUGGUGUCAUUAUUUUGUGGGAGUAUACUAUUUUGGAUAAGAAGUGGAGGCAUGUGUUACAAGUACCACAACCACAUAUAAAAGGUGUUACAUGUAUCAGUGGGAUCAUGAUGUCACAGAAAGAUGCAGUAUUUGCAUCGACCUCCUCAGAUGGCACUGUGAAUGUCUGGGAGUUGGUGUUUCCAUGCACUAGUGAAGGUGACUGUAAAUUAUCAUGUGUGGAAACCCUUUCUAUUGGUUCAAAGUCUAUGGUCGCUCUUUCACUAGCAGAGUUGCCUGGAAAUUCUGGACAUCUAGCUUUGGCUAUGGGGGGAUUGGAUAACAAGAUUCAUCUGUAUUGUGGUCAGAGGACUGGAAAAUUUGUUCCUGCCUGCCAGUUGAAAGGACAUACUGACUGGAUACGGAGUUUGGAUUUCUCCUUACCUAUACUUGGAAUUGGUGAAACGUUUAUUUUACUUGUAACUUCGUCUCAAGACAAAGGUAUUCGCAUAUGGAAGAUAGCUUUCCGUGAUUCCUUGGAUACUAAGAAAGAAGAAAUCAGCUUGGCUUCCUACAUCAAAGGUCCAGUGUUUGUGGCUGGCUCAAACUCGUAUCAGGUUUCUAUGGAAUCUCUGCUCAUUGGCCAUGACGAUUGGGUGUACUCCGUGGAAUGGCAGCCUCCAUCCAUCAUCAAUGGCAAUGAAUGUUAUCAACCUCAAAGCUUACUAUCGGCAUCCAUGGAUAAGACAAUGAUGAUCUGGAAACCUGAAAAGACUACUGGUAUCUGGAUCAAUGUGGUAACUGUUGGGGAACUAAGUCAUUGUGCUUUAGGAUUUUAUGGAGGGCAUUGGAGCCCAAAAGCAGAUUCAAUUUUGGCUCAUGGAUAUGGUGGAUCUUUCCAUCUAUGGAAAGAUGUUGGUGUUGCUUCUGAUGAUUGGAAGCCUCAGAAAGUUCCCUCUGGACAUUUUGCUGCAGUGUCUGACAUUGCAUGGGCUAGACAGGGGGAGUACAUAUUGUCUGGAAGUCAUGAUCAGACGAGUAGAAUAUACGCACCUUGGCCUAAAAACUCUUGUUUAGAAAAUGAAGACAAUUGGCAUGAAAUUGCGCGGCCUCAAGUUCAUGGCCAUGAUAUAAACUGUGUUACCAUUAUCCAAGGAAAAGGGAACCAUCGGUUUGUAAGUGGGGCUGAGGAGAAAGUUGCUAGAGUUUUUGAAGCACCACUGUCCUUUUUAAGAACUUUAAGGCAUGCAACCUCAGGAGACUCCAGUUUGCUUGAUGAUCUUCAAGCUGAAGUGCAGAUUUUGGGUGCAAAUAUGUCUGCUUUGGGGCUGUCACAGAAACCCAUUUACAGUCAAGUUUCACCCGAGACAACCAACAGAAGUAAUACUGAUGGUCUAGACACACUAGAAACUGUCCCAGAAGCUGUUCCAGUUGAAUUUACAGAACCACCUAUUGAAGAACAGCUAGCGUGGAACACACUAUGGCCAGAGUCCCACAAGCUAUAUGGUCACGGGAAUGAAUUAUACUCUUUGUGUUGUGAUCACAGUGGAAAACUUGUUGCUUCAUCUUGCAAGGCUCAAUCAGCAUCAGUGGCAGAAGUGUGGCUUUGGCAAGUUGGUUCUUGGAAGUCCGUUGGCCGGUUGCAUUCUCACAGUUUAACAGUGACACAAAUGGAGUUCUCUCAUGAUGACAAAUAUCUUUUGGUAGUCUCUAGGGAUCGCCACUUCUCUGUUUUCUCAAUCAAAGAUGCUGGAGCAGAUGAAAUUAAUCAUGAGCUGAUGGUGAGGCAGGAGGCGCACAAAAGAAUAAUAUGGGCAUGUUCAUGGAACCCGUUUGGUCAUGAAUUUGCCACAGGUUCUAGGGAUAAGACCGUCAAGAUCUGGGCAGUGGAGAAUGCAUCUACCAUUAAGCAGCUUAUGACGCUGCCAUCUUUCAAGAGCAGUGUCACUGCACUAUCCUGGGUAGGCCUUGGUCGCCAGAGCAAUCAUGGAUUUCUUGCUGUAGGAAUGGAAAGCGGGUUGAUCGAAUUGUGGAGUCUUUCUUGUGAAAGGUCUGACAAUGGGAAUUUAAUGGUGCCAAAUGCAACUUGUGUUGUUCAGUUUGAUCCUUUCUUGUGCCAUGCUUCCCCGGUUAACCGGUUAACAUGGAGACAUUCUGAAAAAAUUCCAGAUUCUAAGGUCAUUCAGCUUGCAUCUUGUGGAGCUGACCAUUGUGUAAGAGUGUUCAAUAUAGAUUUUCUUUAGGAAUAUGACAAGACAUCCAACUGUAUAUCUGUUGUCUGUUUGCAAAUUAUAUUUGAGUGUAUAUAUAUAUAUUUUUUUUAAGAUUUUGGUAAUUUUUCAUGCC